AUGUGCUCUCGAAUAACUCCGAAAAAAAAGCUAACUGCUAUUGAAAAUACUGAUGAUUCUCAUCUUAAAACUACUAUUCUACCACAAGAAUCAAUCAUCUUCAUAGUUGGUCAAAUGGAAAUUAUAGAUAAUAAAUUCUAUGUUAAUGUAAAGGAUAUUAACUACAUUACUUUUAAAAAAAAAAUUUCCAAAACAGAUAACAACCAACUCCAAUCAACUUUGACUAAUUUGACAAGAACAAAACUCUUAAAUAUCUACCAAAAUAUUACCAAAAAUUUAAAAGAUACACCCAUAACCCAAACACUACUAUUAACAACAUCAAGUAAUAUUAAAAAUGAAACAUUAGUAAAAUAUAAAAGAUCCAAAGAAAUUGACCAACCUAUCAACAUAGAAUUCACUAAUGCUAAUAAUUAUAAAUUCGAAGCAAACGAAGCUAAUUCUACCAAAAUAAAUCAAGAAGUACCUGAAAAACCAAUCAAAAAAAACAAGUCAAAAAAAAAUUCUGCUUACAAUCAAAUAAAAGAACAUCUAAUUAGAACUACGUGUGGUUCUAAAAAAUCACUUUAUGCAACUGUAGAAGAUUUUGAAUCCAAUAAAAAGUAA